AAAAAUGAAUAGCUCAAAGACACCAGCUUUCUUUCUCAUUUGCAUGCUUUUCAUUUCAUCCAUCACCCAAAUUCUCGCCGUUGAUAAAUGUCCUCCCAUACCCAAAAAACCCGGUUCCGGCGCCGGCGGCCACCACCACCACAACCCAAUUACCAAAAAACCUCCCAAAACCAAGAAACCCAUUACCCAUCCUCCCGUCGUCAAACCGCCCCUCAAAAAACCACCCCACAUUAAACCGCCACCCAUCACAAAACCUCCCGUUAUCAAACCUCCAAUCACAAGACCCCCCAUCGUUAAACCACCAGUCACAAACCCUCCCAUCGUUAAACCGCCAGUUACAAACCCACCCAUCGUUAAACCGCCAGUCACAAACCCUCCCAUCGUUACACCGCCAAUCACAAACCCUCCCAUCGUUAAACCGCCAGUCACAAGCCCACCCAUCGUUAAACCGCCAGUCACAAGCCCACCCAUCGUUAAACCACCUGUAUACCCACCAAUAGUUCCAAAACCUCCUGUUGAAAAUCCACCUCCAGUAACUCUACCUCCCGUUAUCGAACCUCCGGUGACCGGACCACCCAGUAUCCCAUGCCCUCCACCGCCGCCGUCUCCAUCUCCUCCGGCGGAACCUCCGGCGCCGACGUGUCGAGCUGAUUCAUUGAAACUUGGUGCAUGUGUGGAUCUUCUUGGGGGUUUGAUUCAUAUUGGAUUAGGAGAUCCAGUUGCAAAUCAAUGUUGCCCAUUGUUGAAUGGGCUAGUGGAGAUUGAAGCUGCAGUUUGUUUAUGCACUACUCUAAAACUUAAACUUCUAAAUCUUAAUAUUUAUCUUCCACUUGCUCUUCAGCUCCUUUUGACAUGCGGCAAAUCUCCGCCGCCUGGAUUUAACUGUUAAUGUAAUGGGCUGUUCUUGUUGAAGAUGAUGGUGAUGAACUGAUGGUAGAAGUCUGAGGAUUCGGGAUCUUUUCUUAAUUUGUUGUCUUUUCUUUUUAUGUGAUGAAAAAAAUUGGAAUUAAGGGAUGUUAAUUUUCUAUAUAUGAUUUCAUCUUUAUGAACGAACGGAUCUUGUUUCAUUUGUAAAAGUUUUUUAUGUAUUAAGAAAAACUUGUUUUAUUGUUUGUUUA